UGCUGCUGGCUAGAAGGCUACUGCAGAAGUUGGACUUGGAAUGCAUGUUUGAAGGAAAGACAGUAGCAGACGGGGAAAUGUUCUCAGUAGAGGACAUAGAGAAUGGACCAGAAGCCUUCAGAGCCAGUAUCGACAUUGGUAAAGUUCGUGCCACAACUGGAGCCAAGGUCUUUGCAGUGGUGAAAGGAGCCAUAGAUGGAGGCAUUUCACUUCCAUACAGCACAAAAUGGUUCCCCGGCUAUGACAAGGACUCGGGAACGUUCAACCCAGCCAUCCUUCAAGAGCACAUACUGGGGGUCCACAUUGCCCGGUAUAUGGAGCACCUGGCCAGGGAGGACGAGAGGGCCUUCAGCAUGCAGUUCUCUCAGUAUGUCAAGAAUGGAGUGACUGCAGACAAGGUGGAGGAGAUGUAUAAGCAGUGUCAUGCAGCCAUUCGCAUCGAUCCCACCCCCAAACUCAAAACUAAAGUGUCCAAAAAGAGUGAUAGAAAAAAGCGGAAUACAAAGAAACAGGCCCUGGAGAACAAAGGAGAUACUGCCAGUGAGAAAAGACAAGCCUGGAUGGCAACAGUGAAAGAGGGAAAAAGUGAAGGGGCCAUGAUUUAACUGAAUUUUGGUGUCAACAGUGAGAAAAAAUCCUGCAACCAACACUGUGAUAAAUAUGCCACUGUUGUGGCAAAUCUUGAAACUAUAUACGCUUAUAUCUUUUGUAGUUUGGGGAAUUGUUUGUGAAAUGAAGAUUUGGUUAAAAUCUCAUUUUAAAACUUGCAAACUUUUGGUUUCUGUAACAGAAAGGGAUAAGCAGUACUGAACCAUGGGAGUUUUUUAAAACUAAGAUGGUAAAAUAUGUUUAUAAAAUCCCAAUGGUAGAAUUCUAGUCAAGUAAUUGACAUUCUGUUGUUAAUUUUUUGUCUGUCUCUGCCUACAAGAAAAUAUGAGACUGAAGGAUCUGCUUGUAAAUGAAUAUCUGUAUGUUCGACACAUUCAUGUAUUUUUUAUUACAGAAAUAUCAAUAAAAUAUUUAUGAAUGUU